AGGCCGGGGCCACGUGCAACUACAAGUCCCAUCGCGCUCUGCGAGGCCUUGGGCCUCCGGCUUUCGCUGGGAAGGGAGCGGGGCGAACAUGGCUGAAAGCGAGCUGGGUUCCCCAACGUGCAGCGGGCUCGGCGGCGGGCAGGACCCGGCCUCCGGCAGGGGCGGCUGCAACUUUCCAGAGUACGAGCUUCCGGAGCUAAACACGCGUGCUUUCCACGUGGGCGCCUUCGGGGAGCUGUGGCGUGGCCGGCUGCGCGGGCAAGGGGAUUUGUCGCUGAAGGAGUCGGCGGCGUCCGCGCCGCCUGGGCAAGGAGGGGUCGCCGCUUCGGGCUGGGAGGAUGCCGCCGUGGCCCGCGAUCUGGGCUGCAGCCUGGAGGCGGCGACCGAGCUGAGAGCCGUUUGCGGCCUUGAUAAACUGAAGUGCCGGGAGGAAGAUGAGGACCCAGAAGUCAUCCCAGAGGACACCGACCUAGUGACUUUGGGGGUUAGAAAGAGGCUUUUGGAACAUCGGGAAGAAACAAUAACGAUAGAUCGGGUGUGCAGACAAGAAACAUUUGCUUACGAGAUGGAGUCACAUGCCAUAGGAAAAAAGCCUGGAAAUCCAGCGGACAUGAUUGAGGAAGGGGAGCUUAUCCUGUCUGUGAAUAUCCUGUACCCUGUUAUAUUUCAUAAGCACAAAGAACACAAACCAUACCAGACGAUGCUGGUACUGGGCAGUCAAAAGCUCACGGAGCUAAGGGAUUCAAUUUGCUGUGUCAGUGACCUCCAGAUUGGUGGGGAAUUCAGCAAUACUCCUGACCAAGCUCCCGAGCACAUCAGCAAAGACCUAUACAAAUCAGCCUUCUUUUAUUUUGAAGGAACAUUUUACAAUGAUAAAAGAUACCCUGAGUGCAGAGAUUUGAGCAGAACUAUCAUUGAGUGGUCAGAGUCCCAUGAUAGAGGCUAUGGAAAGUUCCAGACUGCUAAAAUGGAAGAUUUCACCUUCAAUGACUUAUAUAUUAAACUGGGUUUUCCGUACUUAUACUGUCACCAGGGAGACUGUGAACAUGUUGUUGUCAUUACUGACAUAAGGCUUGUGCAUCGCGAUGACUGUUUGGAUAGGACCCUUUAUCCCCUUCUUAUCAAGAAGCAUUGGCUGUGGACCAGGAAAUGUUUUGUUUGUAAAAUGUACACAGCCAGAUGGGUGACGAACAAUGACAGUUUCGCACCAGAUGACCCAUGUUUCUUUUGUGAUGUUUGCUUCCGAAUGCUUCACUAUGAUUCAGAAGGCAACAAACUAGGGGAAUUCCUCGCUUACCCUUAUGUUGAUCCUGGAACCUUUAAUUAAUAACCAACAAAAAGUGUGCACUUGUAGGAACAUGAUCAACCUGAAACAUCAGCUCUAGUUACCUCCCCCCCGUGAAAAAAACAAAUUACAUUUUUAUAAACUUGAUUGUAUUUAAAUGCUCAAAAAUAUAGUAUUUAUUACAAAGUAUAGUUCUUAUUCAGUGUUUCUUGCCCAUUUUAAGUGUGUUUAUCUUACUGAGCUGUAGGAGUGCUUUAUAUAUCCUGUCAUAUACAUGUAUUCUGAUUUUCUCCCAGUCUGUCGCUUGCCUAUUCAUUGUGUCUUAAAUGCUUUUUGCUAAUCAUUAGCAAAAUUCAAUUAAUGAUACAUCAAGUGGUGGAAUUAUUUUGAAAAUUCUUUGAAGAAUGAACUGCACUGUAUACCAUGAUAUACCAUGAGGCUUCCAAGGUAAAGAUUUUUCAAGUAUCUAAUAAAAAUGAGGGAGAAUAAAAGCAGAUUAUUUAAUAAAUACACUAUUAAUAGCUAUUGUAUAAUCUCACAGUGGGCUUUUGUAAUGUUUUGGUAGAAACUAGGUAAACAUUUUAAUAGAGAUUCCCUACAUGAAUAAUGAAUAUAAAAAGAUCUUGAGUAUAUACGCAGAGCUCUACAGAAGUAGCAUUUGAAUUGAAGCUUCAUUUCCUGACAACUUUUUGUGAAUCACAAUGCUGAGUUUAAAAUGUAUGUCAAUUUAAUAUUUUUAUGAUUAAAGGAUUUCAUGUAAUAUGACUGCUGGGACAUGGGCAAUCAAGAGCGUAUGGAUUGCUAGCUCUCUCUUCUUGGGCAGCAUACCCAGUAUUCUGUAUGUAGAAAGAAAACACAAGUUUUUCUGGCUCAGCUCUUCAUUCUCUUGGUCCCCUUACUGUGGUAAUUCUAGUUAUUCUCUUGUCUCAUUCUGAACCAAAGAGCACCUGUGAUAAAUUCCAAGCUCUAAAUCAUCAGGGAGAAUUGUAGGUAUCUCUUUUGAAACGUUUUCUGGAAACCUUUUUUUCUGGUGGGAAAUUAAAUUCUGUCAUUUAAAACUUCA